AUGUGUCCAUGUAUAUCAGUUAAUGACUAUGUUUGUAUUUCAGCAUUAUUAAGCCAUAUCAAACUAAAUCAUGCCUCAGUAGCUCUACAACCUCGUGGGUUAAUCAACAACAGUAACUGGUGCUAUAUCAAUGCUACCUUACAAGCAUUAAUAGCUUGUCCUCCGUUUUAUCAUUUGAUGAAGAAAUUGUGUGAUUUCCCCCCAAUGUCUCGAGGUUCUAGUUCUACACCAAUAUUAGAUAGCUUGUUACAGUUUACCAGUGAAUUUAACAUCAUGCCCAGACAUUAUGAAAUGAACGGUCAUAAUAAAAACGAUAGAAUUAAGAAGAUCUAUGAUAUAGAACCUGGACAAGAUUUCGAACCAAAAUAUGUACAUAAUAUGUUACAUGUUAUUGAAGUUAAUCCUGCUUUCAAGCUGGGUAAACAAGAAGAUGCUGAAGAGUUUCUCAGUAUUCUAUUGGAUGGUUUACAUGAAGAAAUGGCAGCAGCUAUCAAUUCUAAAGAUGAUUCAUGGGAACAAGUUGGUCCCAAAAAUAAAAGUGUUGUUACAAGAAGGGCCACGUUUUCUAAGACACCUAUAUCAGAUAUAUUUGCUGGACAAAUGAGAUCUGUUGUGAGUAAAACAGGAUCUAAAGAAUCUGCCACGUUACAGCCAUAUUUUACUCUUCAACUAGACAUACAGGGUAAAGUGUUCUCUGUAAGAGAUGCUCUAGAAGGUCUGGUCAGUAAAGAAAUUGUUGGAGAUUUUUUUGAUAAAAAGACAAACCAGAAGAUUGAGAUUCUAAGAAAGACAACUCUAGAAGAAUUGCCACCAGUUCUUAUUUUACAUUUAAAAUGUUUUGUAUAUAAUAGUGAGGGUUCACAGAAACUCUUAAAAAACAUAGAAUUUGAUGUUGACUUGAAAAUAACGAAGGACUUAGUUUCACCAACAGCUAAAAUACCCAAUUCACAUAAAUCUUAUAAACUGUUUGCAGUUGUAUAUCAUCAUGGAGUGAAGUCUAGUGGAGGACAUUAUACAUGUGCUGUGUUUCACCCGGGUAUAAACGGGUGGAUUAAUAUCGAUGAUCGCCGUAUUGAGACAGUUAACGUACAGAAGGUGUUAAAAUAUAAUCCUCCUAGGAUGCCAUAUUUAUUAUAUUAUAGAAGAACGGACCUGGCGUACUCCUAG